AUGAUAAAAUCAGGCCAAAAGGGUAGCAUCGAGAUCGACAUUCCUCCGGCAUCCAGCAAAGUGAAACAACCCGAAAUGACAAAAAAGAAAUCGGGUAACAGAGGCUGCUUCUCCGUUAGAGAAUGGAUUCGGAAUGUGUGGAACUUCGCAAAAGAAGAUAGCAAUAGAGUAACAUUCUCACUGAAGGUGGGACUUGCAGUUCUCCUUGUGUCGCUGCUAAUACUUUUCCGGGCAACUUAUCAUGUUUUCGGAGGCACCAACAUCAUCUGGGCUAUCCUCACUGUCGCCAUCAUGUUCGAAUAUACAGUUGGAGCCACGUUUAACCGAGGAUUCAACCGAGCAAUUGGAAGCUUACUUGCCGGAAUCUUUGCGAUUGCCGUUGCCGAAGUUGCUUUGUGCACCGGUCAUGUUGCUGAACCUAUAAUCAUAGGCUUCAGCAUCUUCUUUAUAGGUGCUAUUACCUCAUUCAUGAAGUUAUGGCCGUCCCUGGUCCCAUACGAAUAUGGCUUCAGGGUUACACUCUUAACCUUCUGUUUAAUAAUAAUGUCUGGUUAUCGGAUGGGAAACCCGAUCAGAACUGCCAUGGAUCGGUUAUACUCGAUUGCCAUUGGAGGGUUUGUGGCAGUUCUAGUAAACGUCUUCAUUUUCCCUAUAUGGGCAGGGGAGCAACUCCACAAGGAGCUUGUCAACAGCUUCAAUUCAGUGGCGGACUCUCUUGAAGAGUGUGUAAGAAAAUAUUUACAAGAUGAUGGGUCUGAUCGCCCAGACUUCGCAAAGAACGUCAUGGACGAAUUUUCUGACGAGCCGGCGUACCGAAAAUGCCGAGAGACAAUGGAUUCAUCGGCGAAACUCGAUAAUCUGGCAAAUUCGGCGAAAUGGGAGCCGCCCCAUGGCAGGUUCAGGCAUUUCUUCUACCCAUGGUCGGAAUAUGUGAAAGUCGGGGCCGUACUCCGAUAUUGCGCCUACGAGGUCAUGGCGCUUCAUGGUGUCCUACACUCUGAGAUUCAGGCACCCUAUAACCUUCGCAUUACCUUUCAACCGGAGAUCCAGGAGGCCAGCAGCCAAGCAGCAGAGCUAAUAAGGAGCUUGGGCAACGACAUAAGCAACAUGAAACGAAGUCUUCGAACCUCGUUACUGAAGAGGGUUCAAAGCUCGACUGAACGCCUCCAACGUGCCAUAGACAUGCAUUCCUACCUCCUCACAUCGAGCCAUGAUCUGCUUGACUACUCUUCCAAGUCAUUCCCCUGCAGAGUCGUACCGUCGAACACUUUAUCUUCUUCCGCCUCUGACUUCUCCGGCCAAUUAGCAGCAGAGCCAGCAGGUAGCAAUCGCCCCGAGCCGCCCCUGAAUCCCACGCUCCAGAAAGCACCCUCUGAGACUCUCCUUCCAGCUGCAGCUGGUCUGCAGGCUGAAUCCUAUCACGAGACAAUGAAGAAGCAGCAGAGGAGGCUUUACUCAUGGCCUUCAAGAGAGGUGGAUUCGUACGAAGAAGGUACGAACGGCGAAGACCUCCCGAGGAUGAGGGCACUAGAGAGCACCACAGCCCUGUCACUCGCUACCUUCACUUCAUUGCUUGUAGAGUUUGUGGCUAGGCUUGAUCACUUGGUUGAAGCUGUGGACGAGCUUGCCAAAAUGGCCAAGUUCAGGAAUGAAGAAUCAUAG